AUGGUGCCCCACAGGCACAGCUAUAAUACAACACAACCCAACUUGUUUGUGUCGGCAGAAAGAAAUGGUCUCAUAGUUCCUGGAGACAAGAUGAUCAAGAAGAGGUUGAACUUUGGGCAGAGAUUGAACGAGAGUACCGAGACUGCCACGACAUCGUCCAUGGACGAAAAGAUCGAGUGGGAGAUGAGACCCGGUGGAAUGCUGGUACAAAAGAGAGCCGCUAAUCCGGACUCUCCGGCUCCAAUUUUGCGGCUCCGGGUUGCCUACGGUGCCGUCCGGUAUGAGAUUUCCGUGUGUUCUCAGGCGACUUUUGGGGAGCUGAAGAAGCUUUUGACGGCGGAGACCCGGUUGUUACCCGCGGACCAGAGGAUAAUUUUCCGAGGGAAGGAGAGAGAAAAUGGGGAGUAUUUGGACAUUUGCGGGGUCAAGGAGGGCUCAAAAGUCAUACUAAUCGAGGACCCGUCGAGCAUAGUGAGGAGGGCUAUCGAGAUGCGUAGGAAUGCAAAAAUCCAGACUGCACAUCGCAGGAUCAACGAUGUGUCCAUGGAGGUCGAUAGGCUCGCGGAACAGGUCACGACAAUAGAGAAAUCAAUUGGAAAUGGAAAAAAGGUAGCAGAGGUUCAGAUCACUACAUUGAUUGAGAUGUUGAUGAGGCAAGCUGUAAAGCUCGACAGCAUUUCUGCAGAAGGGGAUGCUUUUGCUCAGAAGAAUCUGCAGGAAUCCAAUUUUUGCUAA